CAUGCGGCCGACGCUCGUGUCCUGUAACAGAGACGGCACUGUUUUUGAAAAUGCGACCGUCUUAUCAGCGGAGUUACCUCGGGCAGCAGGGCAAGGUCGCAUUAAUUCACCUUUUAUGCAGUAUUACAGGUGUGUGGGGCAGUCAGGUGUUGGUGCCUCAGAGGGUGAAUGCUGUGCUGGGGAAGAAUGUGACAUUAGAGUGCCGGGUGGAAGUGGGCACAAACCUUACUCUUACUCAGAGUUCCUGGGAGCGCCGUCUGCCUUCAGGCUCUGUCACAGUGGCUGUCUACAACCCCCGGUAUGGCAUCUCCAUCCCUCCAGAGUUUAUCCAUCGCUUGUAUUUCCGCUCUCCCACCUCGCAUGAUGCCACCAUUGUCUUGGGAAACGUGGGCUAUGCUGAUGUCGGGAUCUAUACCUGUAAGGUUGCCACGUUUCCUCUUGGAAACACUCAAGCCUCCACUACUGUCAAUGUACUUGUGGAGCCCAAAGUCUACGUGUCUGCUGGUUCAUCUGCUCUGGUCGACGGUGGCAAUGAUACUGUGGUGGCCACUUGCAUUGCUGAGCGGGCCCGGCCCCCUGCUGAGGUGUCCUGGGAGUCCAACCUUUUUGGCCAGUCAGAAGUGCAGCUUUUUGACGAAGCCAACGGCACAACCAGCACACAAGUGAGCUACCUCUGGCAGCCCACACGUCACGUCCAGGGCCACACACUCACCUGUGUUGUCCGCCACCCGGCCCUGCAGAGUGACUUCAGGAUCCCCUACCAGCUCAAUGUGCAGUAUGCUCCUGAUAUAUCUGUUGUGGGCUAUGAUGGAGACUGGCAUGUUGGGAGAGAAAAUGUUCAAAUGACGUGCAAAGCAAACGCCAACCCACCGGCUAAUCACUUCAGAUGGACCAGAUUGGACAGUGAAAUGCCAGAAGGGGUGGAAAUAAUGAACAGCACUUUGCUCUUCCUGCGUCCCCUCCAGCGGAAUGACUCUGGAGUUUACAGGUGUGAGGUUGCCAAUGACAUCAACCUCCGCAGUCGGGAUGUGCGCAUUCUCAUACAAGAUCCUCCCACCAUGCCUUCCACCAUUACUGCUCCUGUCCUAACUGGCUCUGCCUCCUCCACAUUAGUCGAUGAUAAGGGGCAUGUUCUUCUCAGCUCCCCCACACUUGAAGCCCUACCUGAGAGUAAUCUUGGUUCCAUAGUGGGUGGGGCUGUGGGCGGGGCCUUGUUUCUGCUACUGCUGCUGUGUCUGGUUGGCGUGUGUUACCUACGGAAACAGCAAACCUUCCACGGGAACUACUACACCAAGCAGUACCUGGGCCCCGGGGACCUCCAGAAAGCCCCCACGCAGCAUGAGCUCCACCCUACUAAAGCUGGCAGCAGCUCCAACCAUCAGGACCACGACCGAGAGGAGUGGGGCGACCGCCAGCUCAAACAUGAGCGUGACCGUCGUCACCAUAGUAACUACAACGGAGAGGAGUAUCCCUCUAAUGGCUACACUAGGGCAAUGAGGGAGAGCAAUCAGCAGAAUCACCAUUGUGAACAAACAGAGUAUUCUAGUCCACGGCAGGCCAGAAGUGCCAGAUACCCUCAUUCACCUAAACCACAGAGAAACGGCCCCCCCUACCUGUCAGAUGACUGCUACGAUAGCGGGCCUGAGGGUGAUUAUGUCUCUCACACAGACGGCUCUGUCAUCUCACGUAGAGAGUGGUACGUUUGACAAGCUACCAGGAGCAGAGAAACGGAAAUCAGAAGGUUUAGUUAAUUGAAUUUCGAAGAAGCACAUUAUUUCUUUUCUGUUCGCACAUGUACACUUCUACUAAUCUCAAUUCUGUAGUUUCCUUGUUUUGUUCAAGUUUCCUGGUUGACACUUGAGACAUAAUGUUUCUGUUCUUGAUGUGGACAGACUGUAGACUCAUCAGACUUGACUGACUGUCAACAUCUUCAUGCCUACAGAAGUGGGCUUAUCUUUAGUAUGUGUGUAGAGACUAACUAAAGAUCAUGAUGUAUGUGCGGUCUCUGCCUUACUACAUGGACUGCCAAUGUAUUUAGUAUUACUGAUAUGUCUUUCAGUCGAGUUGAAGCCCUGGGGGCUUGCAGACCACAGAUGGUUGUUAGAGAAGGACGUUUUGUUUUGUUUCCACAAAUCAGCCUCCUCAGGCUAUGUGACACUUGCCCCUUUUUGUAUGUUUUGAUAUUGCUUACACUGAUUAGUUCAGAAGACUUCUGACCUCUGAAUAUGAAUGGCUGAUAUUCAUAAUGAUACAGAACCCAUGGGUGGAAGUAAUUUCAUGAAAUUCAGAGGAUCUCAGGUCCUUCUAAAACUCAGUAUGACACAGUAUAGGCAUAUAGGUUAAUUUAAAAAGAUGGAUUUAUCCCAGUGAGUAAUCAGAAUAACUUCAUAACUGAUGACCUCUCCACACCAAUUUAUAGUCAUAAAUUAUAUUGCACUGCCUUUUGCAAAACUUUAUACUGGACGACUACAUCAUUUGUUUUCUACCAGAAAUGUCUACCAAUUAUGUAACUUACCAUGAUGGAAGACUUGUGAGCUUGAGGACUUGACCGCCAGUGUCCUAAAAAUGUCCUUUUAAAACUGAUUGCAGUGUGGGAACCUUUAAGAGCAUUUCUACUGUAUGUCCUCGGGAGGGCAAGCAGGAUGUCUGCAUGAAUGAAGCACAGUCCACUGUAACAACAGACUGGGUUUAUCACACAGUCAAGCCUUGAUAUGCAAAUAUGCUACAAAAUUCUCGAAGUUUAGAUAAGCUUGAAUGAUAUUACUGCUGUUUAACAUUUGUGUGAUUUAUUGAUUUGGGGAAGAGUUUCUAGCUUGUUGUCCUCUUGAUUAGGCCUCAAACACAUCCUCCUGUUAUCUACCAGAUGGUAAUGGAUGUGUCUGAGAGUUUGCACUCUCUGAAAUUCAAGAGUGCUAUCAGCAGGGGUAUUGUUGAAAGCAGGCUACAGUACGGCAGGCACCAUACGCUGGCCUCCCAGUCACAAAGUAUUUAGUUGCACAAAGAAGUCAUUCAAGAGCGCCGCCAGUACCCCCGACCACAAAUAACCACUGAUGGACUAAUUUCAGUCAACUGUAGAAAAAGACACGACUGUGACACAAUCACAAUCUGAGGCAUUAAUAGGCUUAUUGUUGCUUAUCCAUGUGUGCAACUGCUGGCUCUAAUCAUGUUCAGAAGUUUAUAUUUUUUUUAUAUUAAGCAUUUAUUAUUACUACCAGUAUUAUUACAGUAAAAUAUAAAUUAUAAAGUCAAAUCAGGUCUUCUGUGAUGGAUGUGCUGUGACUGUUGCUUGCGGUUAUAAAAGACGCAGCACAGUCCUUAAUCACCAGAUGGGACAAACACUAAUUUAUUUAAUUCAUAGUUAUCCUUUGAGUAACCAUAAAAGAAUACACUCUAUGCUAUUUCUUUUUUUUUUUCUAAAAGGGAUUUCUGGCUGGAUUUAUUCAUUAGUAACCAGCCACAGUUAUUGCUAAUCAAGCCUCUCCCACGUCGAAGGCAUACCAAGUACUGUGAAUGAAGUGAGGAGAAAGUGUUUUAAUGUCCAUGUUAUUGGGCUAUGGAGCCCCAGUAGUUCAGGUGUCAAACUUGGAUAAAGACAUUCUAGAUUUAAAGAUAAAUUUCAGUUUUUGUACGUGAUCAAUUACACACAGUUAAAAUCUUUUGGCACAUGCACCUAUUUACCAGACAGCAUGGAGGAGAUCUAACAAUUUCUUUCAUCCACACUAGUGUUUGUGAAUACAUGCCAACUUUAGUAGUAUGGUCACUUAUACAAUAUUUGCUGCCAGAUGCCAAAUAUUUGUUUAACUUGUAUGUAUAAAUAUGAUGAUGACAGUCUCACAUAAGUAUUGCUGACUAGCUUACAACUGAUUAUAAGCUCAUAUAAAUGAUUAACGUAUCACUGUUGUAUACAGGGUAUUGUAGCCUGAAAUAGAAGUGAAAAGAUGCCUUAGGCCACUUUAGUAUAAUACAGUAACAGUUGUCAAAAUAAGAAUUAGUUAUAUUGUUAUGAACCCUCACUAAUUAUUUGUCAGGAUGUGAAUUUUGUGCAUUGAAUAGGCUGCCAUUCUCAUAGUGAGAUUUGAUAGUGUGUCACUGUAACUUGCAAGCAGAGAUGACCCGCACACUGCAGUUCAUGUUGUUUAAACACGUUUCAAACGCCGUGCAGUACAGCAGAACUCCUUUAUUUCCACAAACCGAAGCUUCCUAUUCUAAUGAGUAGCUACGUUUUAGUUGACUCCAAUUACUUUAACUUAAUUCCUCACUUACCACUAGUGGUGUGCAGAAAGUUUUUUUUUUUUUUUUUAUCCGUUGCCAAAAACUCUGGAUAAACUAUAAAACACACUGUUUCUUUGGUAGAAUGUAUUUCCAUGAUAAAACGUUUACAGUGUGGAUCACCCAAAAUAACAAUGUUUCUGGAAAGUGAUGCUGCUGGAAAAUGUCUUUCAUACAAUGUUUCAAUGUCAUGAGAUCCACAAAAAAAAAAUGUCCAUCCACCUUCAUUGUAUUGGUGUGGAGGACGAAAUCUGAGAGAACCUUAAAACUGUCUGCAUUAUUAGAUACCACCACAUGUAAGUGAGACUUUUUUUUGUGGUAAACUGACCCUUUUAAUGGAAGUGGCCAAAAUUAAGUGUACAUUUGGCAAUUUGUGAACCACAAAACCUUAUUUAGAUAGCUGAAUUAAAAGUAAGGUUUCGGGGGUGACUGUGCUGCUGAUGCCGAUUAAUUAUGCCUUUUUGGUCACUCUCACAUAAAUGCAGAGAAUAACAGGAAGCACAGCAGCAUAACCCCUUCUUGUGUUUGCUUCUAUGCACUAAGAAGGAAAUUCCACUAAUCAAUACACUAUUUUUGCUUGCCUUGUCAGUUUUCAGCUCUCACCUGGAUUAAUGAAGUUCUUUUUUACUGUGACUUUUUGUAUAAAGAUCAGUCACGUGUAUCUUUACCUUGAUAAAUGUCCUUCACUUUGGGUUGAGAAAUACAACUAGUGCCUUAGAUACCUAGAAGAAGAAAUGUAAGUGUUUUCUUAUCAUUGUUUACUUAUGGAUUUAAGAACUUGUUUUGUUGCUCUGUGAGAUUUAUUUGUUGCCUUUUUGUUUUUUUGCAUACUGUGUGUUAGGAGGACUCCAUAGUGCCAUAUUCCCUUUUCUGCCCCAGUCACCAUGACAGUUAAUGGUGCGCAGUAUAUUUGCAAAACUGGAGGCAUUAAUACACAUUAAAAAAACAAAACAAGACAAAGCUUGAAUGCAUUUUGAUGUAAAAUUAGUGAGAGCUUCUGGACUUCACUGAUUUCUGUCAGGGGUUUUGGUUUCUGUAUUUUCACUGUUGAGUUUUCACACCUUGUGUUCAUGUUUGUUUGUAUAUAAAAAAAGAAAAUACAAGUCUCUGGAAGGAAAAAAAUAAUAUUUAUGUCAGCGACAACAGUGGAGCAUUAUUUUGUCGAUCUUUUUGAGAUACUUUAGUUCAAUAAAGCACCUUAGC